AAGAAUAUAAAUCGUAAAUAUAUAUGUAUAAAUAUAUAUAACAACAAACAAACCAACAACAGCACUACAAACAAACAUUUAUCCAUCCACAAACGAAUUGUGUGCGACAACAACAACAACAAUAAUCUAAGGCGCGGUGUAGUGGAGGGGGAGGAAAGCUCAGUGCCCCAGCAAGUUCAAGCCGCCCAAAAGCUCAGGCCUCAGCCUCAAUCUGGCGAAUCGCAACGGCAGCAAUAACAAUAGAGCCGAUGCCGCUGCCUCAGCUGCUAGCGGCGCAGCUGGCGCUGUAGCAGGCCGCAAUAACAAUAAUAAUAACAACAAUAAUAAUAAUAAUAAUAAUAAUGCUGCAGGCGGCGCAGGCGCCGAUGCAAAUGCAGGCGGUGGCGGCGGUGCGAAUGAAUGGAAUCCGGAAGAAAUGGAUCGGUUCAGUUUUGACGACUCCAUACGCUUCGAGGAGGAUUCACUCUGCAGUUGGAGCUCCGAGGCAGAAUCACUGUGCAACAAUUGGCGCGGCUGGAAGAAGCCCAGCAACGCCAACGGUCCCGGCCUGGGCAGUGGCAAUGGCAUUGGCUCCAACGGCGGCGCUGGCGCAGCCAAUAGCAUCGGUGCUGCCACAUAUGGCGCGGCUGGCGCUUGUGGCGCCACUGCAUCCGGCAAUGGCAUGACCAAUGCCAGCUCAUUACUUGCAGUCGGCGUCAACUGCGGGCGAUCUUAUGAGGUCUCACCGCUGGCGGAGUUGGCAGCACGCUGUGUGGCAUCGUAUAUACCCUUUGAGCUUGUUGAGCAUGUGUAUCCGCCGGUACCGGAGCAGCUGCAGCUGCGAAUUGCGUUCUGGAGUUUUCCGGAUAAUGAGGAGGAUAUUCGACUCUAUUCCUGCCUGGCAAAUAGUUCGGCGGAAGAGUUCAGUCGAGGCGAUCAACUGUUUCGCAUGCGCGCCGUUAAGGAUCCGCUGCAAAUAGGCUUUCAUUUGUCGGCCAGCGUGGUGAGCCAAACGCCGCGCACUUUAUUCAACGUGGCCGUGACAUUCGAUCGUCGUCGCAUCUCCUCGGGCAAUUGCACAUGCACCUCAUCCGCCUAUUGGUGUUCCCAUGUGGUGGCCGUCUGCCUGCAUCGCAUACAUUGUCCCCAGGAGGUUUGUCUACGCGCGCCUGUGUCCGAGUCCUUGACGCGUCUGCAGCGCGACCAGCUGCAAAAGUUUGCGCAAUAUUUAAUCAGCGAACUGCCGCAGCAGAUUUUGCCGACAGCGCAGCGUUUGUUGGACGAGCUGCUAAGCGCGCAGCCCACGGCGAUAAAUACGGUGUGUGGUGCGCCAGAUCCGACAGCGGGCGCCUCCAUAAACGAUCAGACCAGCUGGUAUCUGGACGAGAAGACGCUGCAUAACAAUAUCAAGCGCAUACUUAUUAAGUUUAUAUUACCAGCGCCCAUAGUUUUUAGCGAUGUAAACUAUCUAACCAAUUCGGCGCCACCAGCGGCAGCGGAGUGGACCUCACUGCUGCGGCCGUUGCGCGGACGCGAGCCCGAGGGCAUGUGGAAUCUGCUGUCCAUAGUGCGUGAGAUGUACAGACGCUGCGAUCGGAAUGCGGUGCGCCUGCUGGAGAUUAUUACCGAAGAGUGCAUGGCAUGCGAUCAAAUGUUGAUCUGGUGGUUCCAGACCAAGCUGGCGCUCAUGAUGGGCUCCCAUGGCCACAGUGGCGGCAAGCACUCGAACACGCACUCCAAUACGACGGCGCUGCAACAUGCGUGCAGCUCGCUCUGCGAUGAGAUUGUGGCCCUCUGGCGUUUGGCAGCAUUGAAUCCCGGCCUGGCGCCCGAUGAGCGCGACAUGCUGCAUGCGCAGUUCACGGCCUGGCAUCUGAAGAUCUUGGAUCGCGUGGUGAAGAGUCGCAUGAUGCCGUCGUCGUACACCAACAAGCAUCAGCAGAACUCGCGCUCCGAGACCGAGCUGUUCAUUGGCUUUAAGCCGGCCAUCGAGGCGUGCUAUUUGGACUGGGAGGACUAUCCCAUAGCGGGUGUUACGCACACGCACGACACCAAUCCCAUUUACUACUCGCCCUUUACCUGCUUCAAGCACACGGAUGUCAAGGGAGAAGCGUCGCCCAGCACGGCGCAGCUGAACGCCACGCAAGCAUUGAUGAGCAAUAACAAGCACUAUAAUUAUUUUAGCGCUUCCAGCGAUCAUGCCGCACUGCAUGUGCCCACUGGUGUGGCCUUCAAGCAGCGCCCCGAGCGCAGCAGCUAUCGCGAACACUUCGAUGCCAGCGGCGCUGAACUGUUCGCUGCCGGCGGCAGCGAUGCAACGUCCAUGAAUGCGGUGCUGCUGAGCGGCUUGGCACGCGUCGACUUGCAGCCAAUACAGCAGCAACAGCAGCAGCCACAGCAGCAGCAACAACAACAGCAGCAGCAGCAGCAGCAACAACAACAACAGGCGUCGAAUGCUGGCGUUGCCAAGUCCUCAACGGCUGAUGGCAAUCGUUCCAGCGCCAGCAGCGAAGGCUUCUGUGAGAACGAUGACUUUGGUGGCGACAACAGCAGCAGUCACAAUUAUUGCCGAGCAGCACAAAAGUCGCUAACAGAAUCCGAUUCGCAAAGCAGCUUUGAUGCUGUAGGCAAAGACGAGGCAGCAGCGGCAGCAGCAGCAACAACAUCAGCAGCAGCAGCAGCAACAGCAGCUGCUGCAGCAUCAGCCGUGCCAGCAGCAUAUCGCCAGCAGACCUGCUCCAACUCGGAUAGCUCAUGCGCCUCCUCAGCCUCGUCGUCGGCUUCCAGCGCUUCGGGCAGCAGCAACAGCUCCAACUCAUCGCUGCUCAAGACAGCCGAGGUGCAGCAACAACAAAAGCAGGUGUCCACUGUUUGCCGCAGAUUGUCCAAGGACGAGAGCUUUAGCAGCAGCAGCGACGAGUUUAUGCAGCUGGGCGCAGCAGCAGCAGCAACAGUUGCUAUGGCUCCAGCCGAGGCGGACGCAGCAUCUGCAGGUGACUUGACACCAGUGCCAAGCACGUCGGCAGCAGCACGCGCCGCUUUGGCAGCAACUACAAGCAAUCGUAGCGAUACAGCAGCAACAGCAGCAGCAGCAACAACCGCAACGGUUGCAGACAAGCCAGCGCAGCAGCAGCAACAGCAACCAGGACAGCAACAGCCACACAUAUUCUCCAACGUGCGUCCUUCGGAGGAUGCCUGGGACAUAUUGCUGGCACGCGCAGAGGGUUUGCAUGCGCAUGGACAUGGACGCGAAGCCUGCAUCCUGGCCGUGCGUCUGGCCGAGCAAAUGCUGGCCAAUCCGCCCAAUCUAUUGAUGGAACUGCCGCCAGCGCCCAAGCGCAAAGGCAAGAAACAAAACGUUAAUCCCAUAUCGCAUCAGCUGACAGUCGUCGCCUCGGCCACGCUCUCCAAGUGCGCCUUUCUAUGCACUGUGCUCUCGGAGAACUCGGAGCACUAUCACAUAGGUUUUCGCAUUUGCUUGUUCGCGCUGGAGAUGCCACGGCCGCCGGCCAGCACGAAGCCCCUGGAGGUGAAGCUGGCCAACCAGGAGGCGGACAUAUUGGCGCUGCUCAAGCGCUUGCCGCUGGGCUCUGCCGAGCUGCAGGUGAUUCGCGAGCGUGCCGAGCAGCUGCGCACGGGCACAUUCAAGACACGCGGCGAGGCGCUGCUGCCCAUCAACCUGGCCACAUUCAUAUUCGAUGCACUGGUCACAACCAGCCUGGUGAAGGCCGUGAGCAGCGUUACCUCCUCCUCCUCCUCCUCCUCCUCCACGGAGCUGCGACGUGCGCCCGCUGCCACGCUGUACAAGCAGCACAGCGAGGAGAACAUGGGCUUCGAGGCCGCUGUGGCCGCAUUGGGCUUGAAGGCAAAUGUGUCCGAGGCGGAGCAUCCGCUGCUGUGCGAGGGCACGCGACGGCAACGCGGCGAUUUGGCGCUGACGCUGCUGUCGCAUUACAAGGACGAGCCGCGCAAGAUAGCAAAGAUCAUGGAGAAGCUGCUGGAUCGCGAGAUACACACGCUGCUCAAAGCGCCGCUGCUGCCCGCCUACUACUCCAGUCAUCCGCCAGUGCGCACGCCCAGCAGCCAGCAGCAGAGCAUGCGACGCGAGGAUCAGCAGUGCCACAGCCAUGACUUUGCAGCAGCGGCGGCUGCAGUGCCGCCCUCGGCUGCAGCUGCUGCUGCUGCUGCCUACAAUCUGUGUGAAUUGCUGCCGAACGACUAUGGCAGCGUCGGCGGCAACAGUCGUCCGCAUAGCUCCACCAGCGCCGAGCUGGAGCUCAGCAUGUGUGCCCUGAGCAUGGCCAGCAGCAGCAAUCAGUCCUGCGCCAGCAACAGCACGCAGCAAAUCCAGGCGCAGGCGCUGGCAACCAGUGCUGCUGGUGGCAGCUCAUCGGGCACAGCUGCCGCCAGCACUGGCAACGGUGCCAGCAGCAGCAGCAAUACGAGCAAUAACAACAACAACAACAACAAUAAUAAUGGGAGCAACAGCAAUGCAGCGACCAACAACAACAGCAGCAGCAGCAGUCGCAGCAAAGAGAGUCGCUACAAAGGCAAACGUGCGUAUCCCUCGAUACCCAAUCAGCCCUCGGAGGCCAGCGCGCACUUCAUGUUCGAGCUGGCCAAGACUGUGCUGAGCAAGGCAGGCGGCAACAGCUCCACCUCGCUCUUUACCCAGGCCAGCACCAGUCAGAACCACCACGGGCCGCAUCGAGCGCUGCACAUGUGCGCCUUCCAGCUGGGACUCUACGCUCUCGGGCUGCACAAUUGCGUCAGUCCCAAUUGGCUGUCGCGCACCUACUCCUCGCAUGUGUCCUGGAUCCUGGGACAGGCUGUGGAAAUCGGUGCGCCCGCCAUAAGUUUCCUCAUCGACACCUGGGAGGGUCACCUGACGCCGCCCGAGGCUGCUGGCAUGGCGGAUCGUGCCUCGCGCGGCUGGGACAGCAACAUGAUCUAUCCAGCUGCUGAGCUGGCGUUGUCGGUGCUGCCGCAUGCGGCCGCCUUGAAUCCGAAUGAAAUACAAC